UAGAGAUCAUGGCACGUCUCAGUUUGAUUUUCGUAGCAAUUUUCGCAUUGCUGGGAUUGUCGUUUGCAGCUACGCGCGUUGCCCGUUCUCCGCACUUUGGAGUAGGCCAAGGUUUUGGCGGAGGUUUUGGUGGAGGUUUUGGCGGCGGAUUUGGUGGUGGAUUUGGUGGUUACCCUCACCCACCUCCGCGAUUCUAUCCCCCACCGCCACCACCAGGUUUCGGUUACGGCUCAAGCGGAUAUGGCCACCAUGGUGGAUUCUACCCGGGAUACCCUGGUGGAUACGGUCAAGGAUACCCGGGUCUUGGUGGCUUAAGUAUAGCGAAGAGUGUCAGCAUCAGCGCAGGUGGAGGUGCUCAGGCGAAUUCAGAAGCUUUUGGAAAAUAAGACUGUUAAAUUAAUUUUAAAAACAUGUGUUGAAUGUAACACGAUUUAAGUAUUUUUGUGGUUAUAAAUAAAUUAUAAGAGAAAUAUUUUGCACAUUUUUAUCAUUGAUAUUAAAAAAAAAUCGUAUAUGUUUAUAUGAAGGGCCAUACAUGGGGCGUGGGGUAAGGAAACUUUACCCUACUAACCAAGAUGGUCAAAUAUGAGCUACCAACCUAAGAGAGAGAUAUCUAUAUCCAUUGGUGCACAGUCGGACGCAAGACCUC